AUGCUCCUUGCGCUGGACUCUGUCGGGCUGCCGCAGCUCCUAACUCGUCUCCUCGCCCUCGCCGGCCUAGCCCUCACCUGCAUAACUAGCUACAACUACAUCCGCGUCCUACACCUGCGCCGCAAGCUCCCGCCGGGCCCGUUUCCCCUUCCCAUCAUCGGGAACCACUUCCGCAUCCCGUUCGUCCAGCCGUGGAUCAAGUUCGAGGAAUGGAGCCGGCAGUAUGCCAACCCGAUGAUCACGCUCUGGCUGGGCAGCAGGCCCAUCAUCGUCCUGAAUGAUGCGUGGACGGCGUCGGACCUGCUGGAGAAGCGCGCGGACGUCUACUCGUCGCGCCCACGGUUCGUGUCGAUGGGGGAGCUAACCGGGUCCGCGACGACGAACCAGGCCACGCUUGUGUAUGGUGACCAGUGGAGGCUGCAUAGGAAGCUCACGCACUCUAUCGUCGGCAGCCACGUGGUUCGAGAUCAUCGAUCCUUCCAAGGCGAUGAGUCCAAGAUCUUGACUCUGGAGUUCCUCGAGGACCCGGACGACUAUGUCAUGUCCAUCGAGCGGUACUCCGUCUCGGUCGUGUCCAUCAUAGGCUGGGGCAGACGCAUCUCCAGGAAGAAUGACUACGUCUGCCAUAAGGCCCUGGAGACUAUGGCAGUCGUCAACUAUGUGAUUCCGGGCUGGCUACUGGUCGAUUCAUUGCCCUGGCUUGCUGAUAUGCCACCCUGGCUUUACGCCUUUCCGACCAUUGUAAGGACGGUUUCGUCGCACCUGGGGAAAUACUUUCUCGCUCUGAACAAGGAAGCGGCCGCGACCAAUCCAAAUCCGAGCUUUGCAAAAACGGUGCUUGAGAAGCAAACUGUCCUCGGUCUGAGUGAUGACGAAGUGUCGUCACUCACUACAAAUCUGCUCGGCGCCGGCGUGGACACCACAAGCGGAACGCUCACCUCAACCGUGCUUGCCCUCUGCCUCUUCCCUGAAGUACAAGCCAAAGCUCAAGCCGAGAUAGACAACGUCCUAGGCGAGGCCGUGUCUCCCACCUGGGAGGACUUCGACGCCGGCCGCCUGCCGUACGUAGCCGCGCUGGCCAGAGAGAUCAUGCGCUGGCGGACAGUCACGGUUCUGGGUGGUAUCCCGCACGCGCCGGUUGUCGAUGACACGUAUAGGGGCUUCCUGAUCCCAAAAGGCAUCCAGCUCACCUGCAACGUGUGGGCCAUGCACCGAAACCCAGGAGACUACCCUGACCCGGACACAGUGAGGCCUGAGCGGUACUUGGGCGACCGGCCAGGAGGGUUGGCGUUUGAGUAUCCCAACAGCAGGGGCCACAACGCCUUUGGGUGGGGGAGGAGGCAGUGUAGUGGGCAGCCUCUGGCGGAGCAGAGCGUGCUGAUGGUGCUGGCGAGGUUGCUCUGGGCGUUUCGGGUUGAGCCGGGGCUGGAUGAGAAGGGCAAUCCCGUUCAGUUAGACGCUUUUGCGUACAAUGACAGCGAGAACAUGCGUCCGCUGCCGUUCAAGGCGCGGUUCACGCCGCGUUCGGGCAAGAUUGAAGAGCUCAUCCGGUCAGAAGCACGCGAGGCAGCGGAGCGCUUGAGCCAGUACGACGGGGAGACGAAAUUGACUGUGGAAUCGGUCCUGCAGGCUCGAGAGAAAGUAUGA